AUGGCAUCUGUCUCAAACCUCGACCAGGAUGUCAGGAACCUCAGACUGUCGCGAUACACACCGCAGGCUGCCAAUGAGGCCCGCGUAUGGGUGGAGAACACUUUGGGUACAUCUCUACCAAGUGGCGACCUGCUCGAUGCGCUGGAAGAUGGUGUUGCACUAUGCAAACUGGCGAAUCUGGCAAUCCAACCACAACAUGGCGCGAUCAAGUUCAAGGCCAGCGGGAUGCCCUUCAUCCAGAUGGAGAACAUCAGCCACUUCCUCAAGGCUUGCGAGAUGCCGCCGCUCAACAUGCCAGCUCACGACCGCUUCCUGACUGUCGACCUGUUCGAGCAAAAGGACCCUGCCCAGGUGCUGCAAUGUCUUGGGGCCUUCAGUAGACAGGCGCACAAGAUCAACCCAUCCCGCUUUCCGACUACACUUGGUGCGAAGAAGACUGCUCCUGGUAUCGCGCCAUCUGUCACGGGUACUGGCUAUACAAAUGGAGGCAGCUUCCGACGACCGGCAAGUCCGACGAAGCCAUCUGCAGCCAUGCCCGCAACAGCUCGUGCUAUGAGUCCUUCCUACACCGGCGGAUCUCAGAGCUCCCAAAGCUCGGCAAAAUCGCCGAGUGGCCCUGUUAGUAGCUGGAGCAAGAGAAGUGAUGAGGGAUCAACUGCACCAGCCUGGAACAUCCAUCAAUACGGCUACAUGGGCGGAGCGUCACAAGGUAACCAGGGCAUCAGCUUUGGCGCGAGGCGACAGAUUACUAGUCAGGCGCCUUCAGUGCCGAGCUUAGCCGAGAAGGAGAAGCUUCGCAAGGAGAAAGAGGCCGAAGCGGAACGUCAGAGACAACAGCAGGCUGAAGAUCAGGAGCGAGCGAGAAGGACUGCGGAAGAAGAGGAGCGUCAGGCACAAAUUGAUGAGGAGAGAAGGUGGGAAGAGGAGACGAGGAAGCAAAGGGAAGCAGAACGCAGGCGUUUGGACGACCAGAAGCGGGAGUGGGAAGAGCAGGAAAGACGAUGGAAAGAAGAAGAGGAAGUAAGGAGGCGAGAGGAUGCUGCGUUACAAGCCAGCAUGUCUGUGAAGAAGCCACCGGAGAAGCCAAGGGUUCCGAGCUCAGGUAUACUGCGAGGUCAGACAUUAGCCGAAUACCAGAAAGAGCAGGCAGCGCUGGCGAGAAGUACCGAUGGAUCAGCAGAGCCGGUCGAAACACUUGAACAGAAGCGCGUGAAAGAGCUUGAGAGGCAGCUUGAAGAAGCACGAGAGAGAGAAAGACAGUACCAAGCCGAGCGCGAGGAACGAUUACGCAGAGAAGGUUCAAAGGACGGCUCUCGCCCAAGCACAGCUGAGGCGUCAAGACCAGAAAGCUCACACGAGAGCGAGGUCAGCUGGGCGGGCGAUGAGCGAGAUUAUCUUCGAAAGCAAUGGCAAGACAACCAGUCCUCUAGGCCAACAUCCUCAGCUCAAGUCGGAGUGGGAGCCCAAAGACCUCUUCCAUCAGAACCGAAGGAAGCACCAAACCUACCACAACGAACAUUGCCCGACCCAGCUCCAGAAGAACCAGAAGGCGCUGCCGCACCACCUCCCUCUCUGCCACUGAGAACACAGCCCAUCAACAACUCCCCCUUCGCCUCGCGACCACACCCAAAACCAGCUCCGAUCCCAGAACCUCACGAACCAGAACAACGCAAACCCAACCGAACCGAUCACUUCCUUUCCUCAAGCACGGCCCCCUCCGCCACCACUCUGCGCAUCUCCUCCGCCCAAGAAGCCGGCGACACCUCUCUCGAACAGUCCCAACUGCGCGACUCCCGCAUCGCCUCCCAGCAAAAGACCAAAGCUGGCGGCUGGGCGAGUAAGUCUCUCCUCGAACGCGAAAUGGAGCGCGAGCGCGAAAGGCAGAAGGAGUGGGAGACGAAUCAGCAAGCGAGCAAAUCUGCGACGAGGGAUACGACGCAGGGGACUGGUGAGGGACAGAGCUGGGAUGUGAAUCAGUACGGGUUUGUUGGCGGUGAUAGUCAGAAUCGAGGCAGCAGUGUGGGUAGUGGGAUUAAUUUUGGGGGCAGGAGACAGAUCACUGGUCCGAGGCCUAUGAAGUGA